CGAUGAAGUAUCCACUCCAACCCAUCGUUUCUUUUCUUUUAGUUGUAUUAUUGGUGGCAACGCAUGCUGCCUUAUCUCCUGAGCUUUACUGGAAGUCCAUGCUUCCCACUACUCCCAUGCCUAAAUCUAUCACAGAUCUCCUCCACCCAGCUGUCAAUGCCAGGUCAGGUCACAGCAUCACCAUCCGCGGCGAGAUCGAAAUAGGCGAUGGAGGACAUCAUUGCCAAUUAGAGUUUUGUUAUGCUGACUCUGAGACCAAAGUCCAAGGUAACCCCAAUACAGCUCUCUUCUUCUUGGAAAAGGAUUUGAAGGUUGGCCACAGAAUGAACUUGGUCUUCAAGAAAACCUCUAACCAAGCAUCCUCCUUGCCUCGUGAAGUCGUGAAAUCCAUUCCCUUUUCCUCAAGCAAAAUGGCUGAAAUAUUGAACGAGUUUGCUGUGAAGCCUGGGUCAAUAAAUGCUGAGCUUAUGAAGAAUACAAUUAAAUUUUGUGAGGAGUCAGGAAUCAAAGGAGAGGAGAAGUAUUGUGCCACGUCAUUGGAAUCCAUGGUUGAUUUUAUCACUUCCAAGCUUGGGAGACACGUGGAAGCUUUGUCUACAGAAGUGGUGAAGGAAACAAAGAAGCAAGAAUACAAGAUAAUGCAUGGAGUGAAGAAGGUGGGAGGGACGAAAGUGCUGGUGUGCCACAAGCUCAAUUAUGUGUAUGCUGUGUUUUACUGUCACAAAAUAAAGAACACUGUUACUUAUACGGUGUCGUUGAAGGGGGCUGAUGGGAGUAGGGUUAAAGACGUGAGUGUAUGUCACAGAGACACGUCACAGUGGAACCCAAAACAUUUAGCCUUACAAAUGCUAAAAGUGAAACCAGGGAGUGUUCCCAUAUGCCACUUCCUUUUCAAAGACACCUUUGCGCGGGUUUGAACACAAGUUAGGUGAUUUUCACAUAAUAGAUGGUUUGUAUUGUUUGUGCA